AUGCACGCCAACAUCCCCCCAGCUACCCUCCUUCUUCUCUUGGCCACUGUGGGCCUAGCAGUUCCAAACCUUCUCGCUAGUAGCGGGGGCCGUUCCCAUUACGCUACCCGGAGCGCGCAAUGUCCCGAUAGGAAUGCAUCUGAAUAUUAUUUCGCUUGUUGCUACGAUAAAGAAAUAGUCUUCUGCAACGAUCAGCAUAGGAGCACCGACGAUCAGAAGGCUUGCAUUCAGAAAUAUGAGGACGAUUGCGGAGAACAAUUCAACUGCACCGUCGAAGGCCCUUUUUGAAACUACCCCAUAUAUGGAUACGGAGUUGGUAACGUGUGGAGGGAAAUGGAUAUUACAUAUUAAUAUCACGUUCGAACGACUUGGGCCGCCUUAAAAGGUCCCUCAUUAAUCACCUCUCCUGC